UUGAUGAUUCUGUUUUGUAAUCACUACAUUAAUGUAAUAUUAAAUUAAUCAAACACUGACCAUACUCAUCCACAAAUUUCCAAUUUACCAUAGCAGUUAACCAACCAAUCCAGUUACAGAAUCGAAUGCAAAAGUUUCGCGAUGAUCCAAUCAAAAACCAUCCUAAGUUACGUCACGUCAUGUAUUUUUGAAAGGUCAGGGGUGAAUAUUUGUAAACAAUUAAGGGGUAACAUUUUUAAGCGAUUGCCUUUUUCCGCAAACGCUGUCUUUUUCUCGAAUACAUCUACAAUGGCUGCCUUAUUACCCCCCAGAAGAAAUCCCACCCCAACGAAAAUAUCCAAACAACACUUAACCCCUUUACAGACCUUGUUACAAAUGGGAUUUCCAAAACAUAGAGUUGAAAAAGCAUUGGCAGCCACAGGACAUAGAGGUGUCCAGUUAGCAUCUGACUGGUUGCUAGCUCAUGUAAAUGAUCCCCUGUUAGAUGACAACUCUCCUAGAGAAUAUAUUUUAUAUGCUUGUCCCACUGGUGCUUUUUGUCAACAACUUCAGGCAUUUUGGGAGAAAUCCCUCAGCCUGUGUGGAUGGAAUGGUGCUCAUAAUUUUACUCCACACAUUACUCUAGUCUCUUUCUUUAAGGCACCAGAUGAGGAUGCGCUAACCCUUUCGCAAGGGUUGAAAUCUGUGAUGGAGAGGCAAGGAGCUGUAUUGAAUGAGCCCCUUAAAUUGGAGACCUAUACAUCUCCAAACUUUAUGGGGUUCUUUGUAGCUGAAGAGCAUGCCGAUUACUUGAAGAGGAUAGCAAUGCAAUAUGUUAAAGAAGUGUCUAAUGCAAUUAUUAGCGAUACUUACGAACACUUCGACGCAUUGACGGCUUGUUUCCCUUGGUGCACUACUACUACUGCAAGGUGUAUACCCAGAGGAAGCCGAUCAAUAAGUUUAGAACCACACGUCAAAUCCCUCCAUUUAACUUUAGCCUACCAAUUCCCAAAUUCUCAAUACUCAAAUCUGAAGGCUCUAGUAGACCAACUAGAUCCAGGAGCGUCAGAAAAUUGGGAACUUAGACUGUAUUCCAGAGAUCCUAGGAUUAAUAGUAAACAAAUUAAUAAGGUAGUUCAUGCUUAUACUCCCAUAGAAUCUGAUGAGCUAGAUUUGCGAAUUGGAGAUUACGUUUAUGUAAGUUCUGAAGCUGUUGCUAGUUCUCCAGACGGUUGGGUUGAGGGCACUUCGUGGUUGACGGGCCAAUCGGGCCUUCUUCCUGAAUCCUACACGGAAAGAACUGCCGAAUCCGACGCUUGGACGCUUCAUAAAAAGAUAGCCCUUAACCAACUCGAAUCUUCUGACGAGAAGAGGAAAAACCAGAAAAAGGACAAUAUGAUAGAGGAACCCUCUGCCUUAUUUUCGGAAGUCGUAAAACCUCCGAUUCCGCCAAAAGUUAACGACGGAGACUACGGAGACGAAGGAAAUUUAUACGAAAAUUUAUUAGAAUUAAAAAAAAUGUCUACUAAUGACGCAGAGGCAAAGAGCCGCAGUGUAUUCAUAAUGAGACACGGAGAAAGAAUAGACUUUACAUUUGGCACAUGGACGCCUUACUGCUUUGACGAAUCGGGACAGUACACUAGGAGAGAUCUCAAUAUGCCAAAAAACUUACCUUAUAGAAGUGAAGGUGCUACGGGCUAUUUAAAAGAUUCGCCUAUCACAAACGUUGGAAUUUUACAAGCUACUUUGGUUGGCGAAUCAUUUAAAGAGAACAAUAUAGAAAUAGAAUACGCCUACAGUUCGCCGUCAUUCCGUUGCAUCCAAACCUGUGAUGGUUUUCUAAGAGGGCUGGGUAAGAGGGAUCAAAUCAAGAUCCGCAUUGAGCCCGGUCUGUUUGAGUGGACGGUGUGGUAUAACGAAGGAGUUCCCAAUUGGAUGACGAAGGAGGAAUUGAUCCAAGGUGGUUACAACAUCGAUGAAACCUACAAGCCGUUUGUCGAAGAGAAGGAGCUCAAAGAGUCGAAAGAGAACUGCGAACAGUUCCAUUUGAGAAGCGCCUUCAUUACGAGAAGUGCACUAUCAGCUCAUUCAACGGGCAAUUUCCUCCUAGUCGGACACUCAGCUACUCUAGACACCUGUUCGCACGAGUUGGUAGGCAACAAAUCAAAAUCUGCAAGUGAUAUGAUCAAACUGAUCCAAAAGAUACCGUACUGUGGACUCGUCGAAAUCACGAAUGACAGCGGUGAGUGGAAAAUCGUCGAACCACCUUGCCAGCCGAUAACGCAUUCGAAUAACCAACGGUUCGACUAUAAAUUAUUUUUAGAGUAAUUGUUUUGUGUUGUGUUUUUAAUGUUUUAUUAAUGUUUUGUUGCAAAAGGUAUUCACCCAACAAAUUCUCAACUGUAAACAAUUUUGUACAAUUAAUGCAUGUACAUAUGCGAAAUUUUUAAAAUAAUCUUUUUAGGACUGUAUUAUAGGUGUGGUUCAAAUGAAUUAGGAGUGGUAAUUAUAGUCCAAGAGGCAGCGCUGAAAAAACUCUUUGAAUUUACUAAAGCUAGAUUUUUCACAGUUGAUUACUGUGAUUGUGUAGAGAAACAUACUGCGGUCGGUCAAGCGAAUCGUAGAACAGGGGUUACUGCAGGGCCGGAUUUAAGGGAGGAGAGGCUGGGCAGCUGCCCGGGCCCCACAUUGCGGGGGCCCCCACAAAGCCCCAAACGGAAAAAAAUCAACACAUUCUUCACAAAGAAUAAUUUUUGUCAAUCAAUUAACUGUGAUAUUUCGGUAUAUGGAAGGUUUCACUGCUGUUGAACGGUUUCUCAUAUUUUUGCCAAAUUACGGUCAUCAAGCAGAAAAUAUAAAUUCACUAAUGACAUUCUUGCAAGAACAUGAGAUCAAUCUAAAAAACUGCAGGGGACAGUCCUACGCAGUGUUGCCACAGGUCUUGGACAAAAUUUCGGGAGACUGCUCCUAUUUUUUCUUUUUUUGCUUCUUUUGCUAUCACAUUCCAAAAAAAUUAUACUUCAGGUACCAGUAUUCAAAAAUAAACUACAUCCAUCAUCAUAUAAUGAUCAUUAAUCACCAUUCAUCAUAAAAAUCAUUCAAAGUUCAAAAUCGGUAUACCUUAAAAAAAUGUAUUUUCUCGGCUUUCUAGGUAUUAUAUAGCAAUUUUGUCCAUUUUUUUAAUCCAAAGUAACUCGAGUAGAGCCGUCUAACUAACGCAAUACUAAAUAUCAAGGAUGCUUUAGUUUUUUUAUAAGGAAUUAAUUUAUUUAUAAUAAAAUAAAACUGCAUAUUUUUUCCUGUUAUAGACUUUUUAAAAAAACUUACCACACGUGUACCUAUUAACGUUCAAAAUACAAAUAUUCUUAUUUGAAAGCUGUAUAAUUGUUUAAACAAGUUAAAAAAUUUUGUUAUAAUAAAUAAUAGUUAAAAGUUACUAACAUUUAUAAAUUACUGCAAAAAUAAGGGUUUCUGCAAUUAUCUCCAAUUGUUUAUGUAUUUCAAAUUAGAAACUAUUAAGAUCUAGAAUAUUUAUUUGAAACAUUUUUCUCUAAAAUCUGCAAGGAAUGUUUUAUAGGCAAAACAUGAUUUUUUACGCUUUAUAAUCGUUUAAAAACAAAACAAUGUCGGAUAUUGAAGCAAUUAAGAGCGAGAAAAAUUUGUAAUGUUCUUUAGUUAUGUCGAAAUACCGUAAGUUAAAAAGGUGCAAAAUAAAUUUCUCUUGUUUUAAGAUUUUAAUAUAAAUACUAUUUUUAGUUUGGAAUUAUCUUAUAUAUCAAAAUAAGCCACAAUCCUUCAGUAUUCACUAUUCAGAUCCAGGUUGAUACAUUUUACUCCCAAAAUCAUAGUAUAAAAGGACAAAGGACUGGUCAUAAAAUUGAUAUCGGUAAAUCCGUAUCUGCUGGUUCGCACAUUGUGUCACAAGCUAGUAAAAGCAAUUUAAGAAUUCUUGAAAAUUGACUAAACUCUGUUGCCAAAUCUAUCCGAUAAAAAAAAUUUUCUAAUAAUUUUGAUUUUUCGGUAGAAAAAAAAAUCAGCAGAUUAAUUUAAAAAUUAAGAAUUUUGAUUUUUCGGUAGAAAAAAAGGAGAAUUAGAAGAAAAAUCGGUAGCUGUGGCAUCACUGGUCCUACGACAACUCGUUAGUUAUGAGUGGAAAAUACAAUGGUGUUCUUGGCGAUGUGGAUUCUGUGUGCCGCCCACUCUCUAAAUUUUGUUGUAAAAGCUGCAGCUGAGGGUUGUCCUGCUGCCAUAGCAUUAUUUUUAGCAAAAGUUAAUUAAAAAUCGCCUUCAAUCUAUGAUGGGCCAAGAGCGUUUGAAUCAUCUCUCUAUAAUGAGCAUUGAACACGAUGUCUUAAAGCAGCUAGACAUGUCUGAUAUAAUCAAGGAAUUUUUAAUAAAAAAAUCUCGAAAGUACCCAGACCUUAACUAUACAUUUUACUAUGUUUAUUUUUAAUAUUUUACGGUUGUUAAGAUACAGCUCUUGUAUUUUCUAGUAUUUAAAUAUAUAUUUAUAAAAGUACAUCAACAUUUUUUUUAAUUGCUAAAAGGGAAAACCCUGUAGUGGGCUGUAUACCAUAGUUAUAACAACAAUUUUUUUAAUGGUAGGAGGUAGGGCCCCACACCAAUUCUGCCCAGGGGCCCCCACACCAAUUCUGCCCAGGGCUCCCACUGCCUUAAAUCCGGUUCUGGGUUACUGAGAGGAGGCUAUCAAAGUUGCUUUCCUACGAAGGUAAUUAAAUCCAUUUACUAAAGCUGAAAAUCAG